GCAAGGCAAUGCAGGCAGGCUCUUCGCCUGCUCCUUCCCAGCAAGUCAGGGCAAAGACCUGGGCGAAACCUUGGCUAUCCAAUGGGCCCAACUGCUUGAAGUUUCGUCCAAAGGAGCAAACGGACUUUAAAGUGGUACUCGUGCUUAUUUCAGUUGUUGGGGUUCUUGUGAUUAUAACUCACCUCACAAAACGUGACCUGACGAUCCUGUCAAAGGAUGAAGAUGUGAUCAUUAGCAAUGACCUUCUGGUUAACAAAGACCAGGAAUAUGUAAAGGAGAAAAUAACCAACAUGGAAAGCAACCUCAGAUGUGAUGAUUCAUGCAAUUUUCAGCUUGUGGAAAGCCUUCCUUGCGAUAUGCCCUAUGAGCUAAACUGCAGCAUGGCAAAACCCUUAUACCAGGCGUGGAUGGAACUCUUGAACAUGGCCCAGGAAAGUGUUCACGUGGCUUCUUAUUAUUGGUCUCUGACUGGGGAAGAUCUAGGUGUCAAUGACUCAUCCUCUAAACAGGGUGAAGAAAUUCUUGCUAAAUUUGGAAGUUUGCUUCUGAAGAACAUCUCUCUGUUUAUUGCAACACACGAGCCCUCCCAAGCCCGCAAUUCAACUGAUCUUGCGUUUUUGGAAGUGAAAGGGGCUCACAUUAAAAGGAUUGAUUUUAAACGUCUAACCAAGGGUGUCCUGCACUCCAAAUUCUGGAUCGUAGACAAGAAACAUGUCUUUCUCGGCAGUGCAAAUAUGGACUGGAGAGCUUUAACUCAGGUGAAAGAAGUUGGCAUUGUGAUCAUCCACUGCAGCUGCUUGGCUAACGAUCUCUGGAAAACCUUCAAAACGUACUGGGAUCUGGGAGGAUCCGGUGCCACCGUCCCCUCUCCGUGGCCAAGGAAUUAUUCCACCAACAUUAACAGGGAAAGUCCGUUGGAAGUACGGUUCAAUGGAACCACCACCAAAGCUUAUUUUUCUGCUUCUCCUUUCUCCUUUUGCCCAGCGGGUCGCACGCCUGACCUCCACGGUAUACUUGAUGUGAUCAAAGGUGCGGAAGAAUUUGUGUAUGUUUCUGUUAUGGAGUAUUUCCCUACAAGCCGCUUCAGACGUCCACCCAGGUAUUGGCCGACCAUCGACAACGCUCUGCGAAGCAUGGCCGUUGGCCACAAUAUACACAUCAGGCUUUUGGCUAGUUGCUGGAUGCAUUCUGAUCCUUCUAUGUUUCAUUAUUUAGAGUCACUUCGUUCACUCAACGACCCCCAUGCCAACAUCACAAUAGAAGUGAAAAUCUUCAUUGUUCCGGUGGCGUCCCACACAAACAUUCCCUUUGCAAGAGUCAGCCACAGCAAGUACAUGGUUACCGAAAAGGCAGCCUAUGUUGGGACUUCUAACUGGUCAGAAGAAUACUUCAGCACCACGGCUGGUGUGGGACUGGUUGCUACACAAUCUUCCGCGGAGCCUCAAAAAAGGAUUCCAAUAAUCCAGGAACAACUGCGGUCUCUCUUCGAACGUGACUGGAACUCCCGCUAUUCAGUGGAUAUGAAUGAGCUACCUGGGCAGAAGGAUUGUGCUUGGAAAUAGUGGAUUUAAUUGUUUUUGAAAAGCUAAAUUCUUUUUUUUGUUGUUGUUGUUGCUGAUGAAAAUUUAAUUAUGCUUUCUGUGGGCAAAAUUUAGGCUUUCCUGUAUGAAUCUGGUUGAUGAUGAAUACUUCAUUUUAUGGUUUCUCAGACCUUGGUGAUAAACACAACUGGUUCCUCCAA